AUGUCCUUGGGCACGGCGCGCCACCUACCAUUUUGCCUUCGCUCCCCCUGAAAUCUGAAUCUCGGUCGACUCCGCCGCCGCUCCAUGCCUCCCUCGCCGCCGCAGCUGCCGCCGCCGGCCAUGGAGGAGGUCGAGGUGGAGGACGCCUCCGACGACGAGAUGGUGGGGGGAGAGGCGCCGCCACUUGCCCCAGCCCCUGCCCCGCCUGCCGGCGAGGGCGCCGAGGCGAGCCGUGCCGCGUCGGGGUCGGGGGGGACGGAGGGCGGAGAAGGGGCCGACGAGGAGGACGAGGAUGAGGACGAAGAAGACGACUCGGACGACGAAGAAGACGAGGAUUCGGAGGACGAAGGGGACGAAGACGAAGACUCCGACGAGGAGGGGGAGGACGAAGGCCAAGACUCUGACGACGACGACGAAGACGAGGACGAGGACUCGGAUGAGGAGGAGGACGACGAAGACGAGGAGGAGGAGGAGGAGGAGGACGACGAGUAGCAUGGGAUGGAAGUGGAGCCUGUGGCGUUCGCAUCUGGGUGAGGAUGAAAUGAAGAUGCAAGUAGCUGAAGGGUCGGUUUGCACUGAUGCUUAAGUGUAUGUAAGGGAUGGCACUCGGUAACCGAAUGUUGCGGAUGAAGAAUAUUGACUGCGGCAUGACUAAAUAUUGUCCUCAGGGUUGAUGGCUUAGUGACCUCUGAAGCUUCUGUUGCUGAUUCUCUGUUUCUACUAUGUACUGUAUUGUUCUGCUCAUCUGAGACCUGUAUCUGCUAUUUGAGGAGGAAACUUUGCGUGCCACGAUUCUAUCUUUCAUCGAAAACUUACAAGUCAUAUGUAAAACUUUGAGUGUAUCAUCAGUGAAUGGAUUUUCGGUUCAGGUUUUAAGAACCUCA